UAUAAAAAAGAAGUAGACAAUAUAAAACUUUUGAGAUACAUAUAAUCAGAUACGGAAGCCUUGAAGGGACAUCUUGAUUUAAAAAAACAAAACAAAAAGUAAUUCGAGAUCUCAAAUUACACAACUCGUUCCAACAGAUUAUCAACUCGUUUUCUGGAAUUGAAAAUCCGUUAGUAAAAAUUACUAACUCGUUACCACAGAUUAUUAAUUCGUUCUCUCGAUUUAAAAAAAACCCAGUUCUCUCGGAUAUUGUUUUGGUGGUACGCUAUUUUCAAUACAUGUAUUAUAUCGAAGUUUGCUGAUUUGGCACGGAAUCAAUUUUAACUGAAUGUGAAAUAGUUAAGAGUAAUAUAUCUAUCACUGGAAACCUACAAUGAUAAACAUUCAAAUACGAUAAGUUAGAAAAGUGAAAUUUCUUCUAAAUCACCCCCUCCUAUGAGAAUAUCACAUAAAAUGAAUGUGUGCUUAACAGCAGAAAGAGUUCACCUCUGCACAAAGUUCAACAUGAUUUCGCAUUUCGGUACAUUUGAGAAAGUUAGUUUUAUAUAAUUGGCUGUAUUGUGAAAUAUAUUUCAAUUUUGUUAAUCUCAUAGUAAAGUGUAAUUUUGCAUAAUGUUAUGUUUUAAUAACUAGAACCAAAUUAUGUAAAAAAUAAUCUUUUUGUAAAAAGGGUAUUUAUGUAAGAUAUAACACUGUCGUUCAGAAAAAAAAUAGAUCGUAUUUAAAAAACCUGAAACAUAGGAAUAUAACAGAAAGUGAUAACUUCACGUGUCAGAUUGAUUUAUUCUAAGCAACAUAAAAGGUAUUCAGAUGUUAUUUUUGGGAGGUAAUAUAUUAUUCUCUAAUGCAGUUCCAAUAUACAUUAGGUUAACAACAAUUACACAUCUGAAACUAUACAAGUUCGCCAACAUGAGUUUUCGAUAAUGUCAGCGACAAAUUUUAUAAUCGAUUUAUUUAUUUUCUUAUAUGAAUUUAUAGUUCCUACCACAGGUGAUUGAGAAUAGGACCAACCCCCCCUUCCAUCCCCCGCCCCAAGUAUUUAGAUCCCCGAGACUAUGGUGAGGCGAGUAACAUAAGCCCCGAUAACAUCGCACUGUGGUUUCAAAUAUCAGAAUAUGCUGAUGGCUCAUUAUACAGUUUGGAUUCAAUAGGUUCUUUUAAUAUGUGAUAAUCAACAUGUCUCCUUUUACUUUAUUCUUAGCUGCUGCUAGUUCAUGCGUUAUUGAGUUGUAGUUGACAAACACAAUUGCAAAGUCGAGGCUGACCUUUUAUCGUUUUUAUCCAAAAAGUCAUACAUGGCUCAUCAUACGGCCAGGAAAGGAAAACACCUACCCAAUUUUUUCCCGAUAGAAUCUUUGAAAUAUGCACAGAACAACUGUCCGUUAUAUUUUGCCAUAUUAGUGGGGAGACAAUAUCAUCAAAAAAUUUAGUUUAAUGUACCACCCAACUUUACGGCUAAUUUGUAUAUUUUGGAAAAUAUUAUAUCAAAUAAUAAUUUUCACAUGGUCGCCUAUUGUCAAAAUAAUAAAAGGUAAACAAUGUUUGAAGAGGGUGAUAUCUUUAAGAGAGAAAAAAAAAUAGCCGCGUGGUAUACAGGUCCAUUGAAGUUGAAAAAAGCGACGGUUUCUAUCUUUGUUACUCCAUUAUAGGCCGUAACUCAUGUGUCCACAUUUUCUUGCAGACAUUUUAACGGCUCGAGAUGUGGUCUUAAAAUGUUAAUAUAUGAAUAACAGAAUAAACAUAUAAAGAAAAAAAGAUAAUUAGAAUAAAAAAACUAAUAAAUGCUUUGAGAGAAUACAUUCAUUUUUAUCAUUCAUUUUUGACGGAAUUAUUUCUUUCCAGAAAAUGACAGUCCGAUGGAUUGUACAUCCCUUCACAACAUUAACUGUGGUCUAAAUAGUGGACUAUACAGAAUAAAGCUACCGUUCCUAGGUCACGUGUCCGUUUUCUGUGACAUGGAGACUGAUGGCGGCGGCUGGACAGUGUUUCAGAAACGACAAGAUGGUUCUGUGGAUUUUUACAGACCAUGGAUUGAGUACAAGAACGGAUUUGGGAAUCUGAGAUCUGAGUUUUGGCUUGGUAAUGAGAAACUACACCAUCUGCUGAGCCAAGGAAGGUAUGAAAUGAGGAUGGACAUGGAGGACUUUGACAACCAGACACGUUACGUCAAAUACACCAGUUUUAACGUAGGAAACGAAUCAACCAAGUACAUCGUCACGAUAUCAGGAUUCUCCGGGAACGUUGAGGACUGUUUCACAAGUUCAACCACUAAUAAUAAUAUGAACAACACUAAGUUUUCCACAUGGGAUGAAGACAACGACUCUUUGUUUACGGGUAGCUGUGCUGCUUUAAAGAAAUCUGGGUGGUGGCACAGCGCCUGUAACUGUGCAAAUCCUAACGGCCGGUACCUGGCAGGGGAAACCACUCUGUCCAAUGUAGGAGUAACUUAUCAUCAUUGGCGGACUAAGUUCUAUUCGCUUAAGUCAACUCGGUUCAUGGUAAGACGAGUUGCCUAGACACUGGAUCACAUCAUCAAUACUGGCGAUGAUUUUUGAUUUGUUAUAAAGUAUCUUUUACAGUUUUUAUAUAAUUGAUAUAUUUUGAUACCAUUAUUUAAAUAAGGUUUAAUUUUGUUUUGAGUGUUAUUUUCAUUCAUUUUAUGAAAAAAGACUUCUAUUAUAAACAAAGUACAUUAGUUCCCAUUAUGAUUUGAUUGUGUUUU